AUGGGUGGAAUUCUCGAUAACGUUAUUUUUGCCGCCUUCCUCUGCCUGAUCGGAGGAGUCGCUACCUCUUCGCAGGGAGCCGUCAAUGCCAAGCUCGGUCAAUACUCUGGCCAGGGCUUGUCCUCCACCAUUGUCUUCUGCAUUGGUGCAAUCACGUCGUUGAUCUACUUUUUGAUCGAAGUUGAGGGUCGCCCACCAGCAGAUCUGGCCUCAAGACUCCACCAGGCACCCUGGUGGACCUGGACCGGAGGAGUCAUCGGUGCCCUCUUUGUCAUCAUCAACAUCUUGACCAUCCCCAAGCUCGGCGCCGGUACGACCUCGGCCAUCAUCGUCUGUGCCCAGCUGGUCUUCUCCUGCAUCAUCGACAACUUCCAGUUCUUUGGCAUCGCUUACCGCACCUACACCCUCUGGCGCGGGCUCGCCACCGUCGGUCUCAUCGGCUGUGUCGCCGCCAUCGCCAAGUUCUAA